UUUACAGUAUGGACGUUGUAGCCGUCAUACAGUAAAUAAGCAAGAUUAUAGCUAAUGAUACAGUAUUAUUUAUUAUUUCGGUUGUGUAAGUUGGAAACCAGAGAGUGUUUGCCGCCAAUUAUCAAAUGACUACCCGUGGCAGCGUUAAAUGUCUGUGAUGUUGAUGUUUUGAUAAAGGUGAGAGAAAGCGUAACACAAUUUUCCAAGAGUUUGGAGUCUUUAAAAUGACAUGUAGAAUUGUUCCUGUUCCUGCAAGGCGUCAACACUACUGAGAGGGUUACGCUGUAGUUUGCUUCGCAAGUGCAUAUAGUGGACUAGAAUCAAAUCAUCUGAAAAUAAAGGUGCAAAAUGGCCCAAAAUCCUGCCCGAAAACAGAAGAGAAAAACCUUUACAAAAGAAGAACUUCAGGAGUUGUCAAAAGAAGAACUGAUCUCAAGAGUUCUGCAGUUGGAAGCCUAUAACACACAAUUAAAGUGUUCACUAACUAAACGACUGAGUGAAGUGGAGAAUACAGUCAGUAUUGAAGAAGCAAAGCGCAAACGAGCUUUUGAUUUUUCAAGUUGCAUUAAGAGGCAUAUUAUGUUGAAAGUAUUGUAUCUUGGAUGGAAUUAUCAGGGUCUAGCAACACAGGAGGACAGCACUAAAACGAUUGAACAUGAGCUGUUUGCAGCUCUGUACAAAACUUGCCUUGUUGAAAGCAGGGAGACUGCCAAUUAUCAUCGAUGUGGUCGUACAGAUAAGGGUGUAAGUGCUUUCUGUCAGGCAUUCACAUUAGAUGUUAGAAGCAACUUGACUGAAGAGGAAGUACACUCAGGAAGCACUAACUCAGAACUACCGUAUCCAAAGCUUUUGAACCGUGUUUUGCCAAGUGACAUUAGGGUUCUAUCCUGGACACCUGUACCACAAGGCUUCAGUGCAAGAUUUGAUUGCAAAUCUAGGACAUACAAAUAUUUUUUCCCUAGAGGAAAUUUAGAUCUACAGAGGAUUAGUGAAGCUACAUGCUAUCUGGUAGGUAGCCAUGAUUUUCGUAAUUUGUGUAAAAUGGAUGUAAAGAAUGGAGUAAUCAAUUAUAUAAGGGAAAUUCUUAGCAUUGAACUGAAAGUUGUCUCCGAGGAUCCUGCAAAAGUAGUAUCAUAUGACGUGUGUGUACUAACGGUAAAAGGAAAAGGAUUUCUUUGGCACCAGAUUAGAUGCAUUGUCGGUGUUUUGUUCUUAAUUGGUCAAGGCAAGGAGGAGCCCACUGUUAUAAAGGACUUACUAAACGUUGAUAUUAACCCACAGAAACCUCAGUAUUGUCUUGCUAAUGAAGUUCCACUUAAUCUCUUCCAUUGUGAAUUUGAUGAAAUGGGGGAGAUAGUGGACAAUGAUACACUAAUAAGUGUGAUACAUGAACUCCAGAGAAUUUGGACAAUUAAUGCUGUUAAAACAACAAUGGUGCGUUCUAUGUUGUGCUGCUUGCAAGAAAAUAUAGAGCAAAAUGCAAAUGAACAAAGUUCAUGCCUUCUUGAUGGAGUGAAACGCAAAGUUUACCAGCCGCUCUUUGAGAGGCCAAAAUGUGAUAGUUUGGAUGAGCGCAUUCAGCAUUACAUAAAAAAGAAGAAAAUUGAGCUUCCAGAAAAUGAGAGAGAAAAUGCGAAGUAGUGAUCAACAGUUUAGUUUGACAAUUGUAUAUUUGAAAAUAAAUAUUGAACUUUUUUAGUAAUUGGGUAAAUAUUGAUGUAACAUAACGAAAUGAAAAGAAGUUGAUCUGAUGAGAAGAUAUUUGUUCAGCUUUUCUACAUACUUGCUUCAGCAGAGACAGGACAUUACUAAUGGGAAAAAUAAUCAUCUUGUCCGUUAAAUGAAUUUGUCCCUUUUUGCUGCCACAGUUUUGAUAUUACGGUAUAGGAGGAAAACAUUGCAUCUUUUAUGAAUUAUUUUUGUUGCAAACCCUGUAGUAAAAUUUGCAAGAGUCUCUUCAACAGUUUCACAUGAUGACAGCUGAAAGUUGGUCCACAAACAAAUAUCAGUAGUACUUUUACAGUUUUCUGUUCUUAUUCCUAAAAUAUUUAGUGAAUUUUUAAAUAGUAUGAAGCCCUAAAUGAGAUGAAGAUAGUUGUCUGCUUUCUUCACAUUUGUGAUGUAUUUAAAACAUUCCAUACAACAUCCGGUUGUGGAAGCAUGUUACAUUUUCUUUAUUCAUCACUAGUGCAUGACUGUUGGCCUUCAGUGUGUAUGGAGAAAGUAAGUCAUCAUUGGAUUCCACUAUUUCUGUCACAUUGUAUGUGCAAUGAAAAAUCAAGAAGCUACCUGUUUCCAAGGCUUGGGCUCUAUAUGCAGAUUUUUUUGUGUGUGUAGUAAACAGCAAAUGAUAAAUGGACUGUUUGAUCAAAAAUAUCACCUGUUGGUUCCACAUUUGUUCCUUCUUAAACUGUAUAGAGAAGAAAAGUAUCCAUUUCUGUGAGAUUGUGACCUGCGUCAUAUCCUUACUCCCGGUGGAGACUGACACAUUUGGCAAUUGGGAACAUCUGUUCUAUUCAGUUUUCUUUAUCCUCAUCAUCCACUAUGCAAGUGGCUCAUAACUUUGGCAUUCUUCCUUCUAACGCCAAACCUUUAAACUAUCUCUGGGAGAUUACUUUACACCAUUUAGUUGAUUGUUGCCACUACGUUUCCCUCAACGUACACCUGUAAAUCUCCUUUUCAUUCAUACUCCCUUGCUAUUGCUAUCAUUUUUCCAAUUUUUUGUUGUGAUUUAUUUAUUGUCUGUCAGGCGUUUUCAGACAUUAACUGCCUGCACCAUUUACUACUUCUUUCCUUUUCAUCUUUGUUACUCCAUUAAUACCUCUGUUUUGUGUUUGCCCAUCAACUGUCCUGAAAACUGCCCAACCUACCAUUUCUACCUUGUCAAGUUCACAGAUCUCAUCUGUUGCUGUUAAUACAUUGGAGACAGAAUUCAAAUACCCCAAACAGGGUAGCUGAACUCCAAAUUUAGCACAUUGCCUUGCCACAAUGAGUGCAACAAAUUCGAAUGAUGGGCUAUGGAGUUCAUAUCUGGUCUGUAUAUUCAUGUAUGUUAUAUCAGUUUUUAAUGACAAACAUACGAAAGCUUUUACCAAAA